AUGGAAGACCAGAGAGUGUUGGAUCUGGUGAAACAGCUCGUUCUGCGGUUACUCUCUCAUAGUCGAAAUGAUUCGGAACAGUCGACCAUUUCGAUCAAUACGGACAAGGCACUGAAGUACGCAAUGCGUAUCCUGGGCAGUCGAAUGACGCCUUCCAUCUCCAUAGAUGAGGCCGCCAUGGCCGAGUCCAUCAAGCGCCAUCUCGUCAAUCAAGGUAAGUCUUCCGAUGCCCUAACCUUCGCCGAUCUCUACACUAAGUUCUCCUCCAAGUCUGGCCCCGGUAGCAUCCAGAACAAGUUGUCCAUCCUUUACCUUCUUAAAGUCAUCUCCGAAGAUCGACGCAAAGAGAAGAGAUCCGAUUCUAGGGUUCCCUCCUCCGCUUUUCUCUCUUCCACCGUCUCCGGCGGUCUCCCUGUAUUGUUCGAGAUCGACGGGGGCUCUCGGAACCAGAAGCCCCCUGAUAAGGGUUGGAGUGGUGGCGUUUUGCUGGUCUCCAAGGAUCCUGACAAUCUUAGGGAUAUCGCCUUUCGGGAGUUUGCGUAUUUGUUAAAUGAAGAGAGCGAGGUCUCUGAGGGUGCUCUGGUUAGGGAUAUCUUGUAUGCCUGUCAAGGUAUCAACGGUAGAUAUGUGAAAUUCGAUAAAAGUAUUGACGCCUAUGUGAUCCCGGAAUCGAUUAAAAUGCCGAGAGCAACAAGAAUUAUGGUUCGAAAGCUCUGCGAGUUGGGUUGGUUGUUUAGGAAAGUCAAAGGUUAUAUCUCGGAGAGCAUGGAUGGUUUCCCUACUGAAGAUGUUGGAACAGUCGGGCAAGCCUUUUGCACGGCAUUGCAGGACGAGCUUGCUGCGUAUUACAAAUUGUUGGCUGUCCUUGAAGCGCAGUCGAUGAAUCCCAUCCCCUUAGUUUCGGAGACACCGAACUCGGGAAAUUAUCUCUCCCUGAGGAGGUUGUCGGUUUGGUUUGCAGAACCGAUGGUGAAGAUGAGGCUGAUGGCUGUUCUCGUUGAUAGUUGCAGGGUUUUGAGGGGCGGUACAAUGGCAGGUGCAAUCCAUAUGCACGCCCAGCAUGGAGACCCUUUGGUUCAAGACUUCAUGAGACGUCUACUUCGCCGGGUCUGUUCUCCACUGUUUGAAAUGGUGAGAAGUUGGGUCUUGGAAGGGGAGCUGGAUGACAUUUUUGCUGAGUUCUUUGUUCUGGGACAGCCUGUAAAAGCUGAAUCACUCUGGCAAGAAGGUUACAAGCUCCAUGCAGGAAUGCUCCCCUCUUUCAUCCCACAAUCACUCGCUCAAAGGAUUUUGAGAACUGGGAAGUCAAUAAACUUUCUUAGAGUCUGUUGUGAGGAUCAGGGUUGGGCUGAUACUGCAACAGAAGCAGCGGCUGUCGUUGGGACUACAACUAGGAGAGGUGGGCUUGGGUAUGGCGAAACUGAUGCACUAGAAUCUCUGGUGGUUGAAGCAGCCAAGAGGAUAGAUAAGCGUUUGAUGGAUGUCAUGUACAAGCGGUACAAGUUCAAGGAGCAUUGUCUUGCAAUUAAGCGCUAUUUGCUCCUCGGGCAAGGUGAUUUCGUUCAGUAUCUAAUGGAUAUCGUAGGGCCUGAGCUUUCAGAACCUGCAAACACUAUCAGCUCAUUCAAACUAGUUGGGUUGCUGGAAAGCGCAAUCCGGGCAUCAAAUGCACAAUAUGAGGAUCGAGAUAUAUUGGACAGAUUAAGGGUCAAGAUGAUGCCACAUGGUACUGGAGACAGGGGUUGGGAUGUAUUCUCAUUGGAGUACGAUGCUAGAGUUCCCUUGAAUACUGUCUUUACAGAAUCUGUCAUGGCACGGUAUCUUAGAAUUUUUAAUUUCCUUUGGAAGCUUAGACGUGUUGAGCAUGCCCUGAUUGGAGCUUGGAAGACGAUGAAGCCGAAUUGCAUUUCUUCUCACUUCUUCUUGAAGCAGGAAAGUUCUAUUAAACUGCUUUUCACAUCAACAUUGCGGCGCUGCCAAGUUCUUUGGGAUGAGAUGAACCAUUUUGUCUCGAAUCUGCAAUAUUAUAUAAUGUUUGAGGUCUUGGAAGUAUCAUGGUCCAAUUUUGCAAAUGAAAUGGAUGCUGCAAAAGAUCUAGAUGACCUGCUUGCAGCACAUGAGAAAUAUCUCCUUUCUACUGUGGAAAAGGCUCUUCUUGGGGAGUGCUCCCAAGCCCUCUGUAAGACCCUUUUUGUGUUAUUUGACCUUAUAUUGCGGUUCCGUAGUCAUGCUGAUUGGUUAUAUGAAGGUAUCCAUGAGUUGCAAGCAAGAACGGUGGACUCUUCUGUGUCCUCUCGGACGAGGGGCAGAUCAAGAUCAAAAUUAAAUAAUGAAACUUCAGGCUAUGGAACAUGGGCUGGUGGGGGCAGGAAGGCCUUAACACAGCAGGCUGGAGAAUUUCUUCGAAACAUGCAAGAGGACUUGGACACAAUUGGGAAAGAGUAUUCAUCACUACUUGAAGGAUUCAUUGCUCAAUUACCUGUGCAGCAACAUGUUGAUUUGAAGUUCCUUCUAUUCCGGUUAGACUUCACUGAAUUUUAUAACCGUCAACAUCCUAGUGCAUAACUAAACUGGUUGAGUGAACAAAUGAGUUCAAAUGGAG